GGAAGAGAAAGAAGCAAAGGAGAAAGAGAGGAGGAGGAAGAAGAAGCCGAGCGCCCACUCCUGCCUUGGCGCGCCAGGCUCCUCUCCUCGAUGGCGAACGCCAGCGACCUGACAGGAGCCAGCGGCCCGACAGCCCCAAGUAACGGCGCGGGCGGCGGGGGCAGUGGCGGGGGCGGGGGAGGCAGCGGCCCAGUUGCACUGGGCCUCAAGCUUGCCUCGCUCAGCCUCAUCCUGUGCAUCAGCCUGGCCGGCAACGUGCUAUUCGUGCUGCUCAUCCUCCGAGAUCGCCACCUGCACCGGGCUCCCUACUACCUGCUGCUCGACCUGUGCCUGGCCGACGGACUGCGCUCGCUCGCCUGCUUCCCGGCAGUGCUGCUGUCCGUGCGCCGGGGCGCGGGCGCCGCCGGAGGGGCACCGCCGCCCGGCACUUUGGGCUGCAAGCUGCUCGCCUUCCUGGCGGUGCUCUUUUGCUUCCACGCCGCCUUCCUGCUGCUGGGCGUGGGCGUCACCCGCUACCUGGCCAUCGCCCACCACCGCUUCUAUGCCAAGCGCCUGACGGGCUGGCCGUGCGCUGCAGUGGUGUGCGUGGCGUGGGUGCUAGCCCUAGCCAUGGCCUUCCCACCUGUCCUGGACGUGGGCACUUAUCGCUUCGUCCGGGAGGAGGCGCAGUGCACCUUCGAGCAUAGGCACGUCGGGGCCAACGACACGCUGGGCUUCAUGCUCAUGCUGGCCGCUGUGGUGGGCGCCACCCACCUAGUUUACCUCCGCCUGCUCUUCUUUAUCCACGACCGCCGCAAGAUGAAGCCAGCCCAGCUGGUGCCUGCUGUCAGCCAGAACUGGACCUUCCAUGGGCCCGGCGCCACGGGGCAGGCGGCAGCCAACUGGACAGCGGGCUUCGGCAGGGGUCCCACGCCGCCCACGCUGGUGGGGAUCCGCCCGGCAGGCCCUGGACCCGGGGGGCAGGCCCGGCGCCUCCUCGUGCUGGAGGAGUUUAAGACUGAGAAGAGGCUUUGCAAAAUGUUUUACAUGAUCACCCUUCUCUUCCUCCUCCUCUGGGGUCCCUACAUCGUGGCCUGCUACCUGAGGGUCUUCAUCAAGGCUGGCGCCGUGCCUCAGGGCUACCUGACCACUUCGGUGUGGCUCACCUUUGCUCAAGCCGGCGUAAACCCCAUCCUGUGCUUCAUCUUUAACAAGGAGCUGCGCGUCUGCUUCCGAGCCCAUUUCCCCUGCGGGCAAAGCCCCCAGACGACUCAGGGGACCCUACUCUGCGAUUUGAAAAGCAUUGGCAUAUAACAGCGCCCUUGGCUCCCCGCCCCUACUCUCCUGGGCUGUUUUCCCUUUCCCCAGGGGGGUUAAAAAUCAAGUCAUUUCAGCUCCCUUUCUAGGUUGUCUUCCAUACGGAGAUUACAGACUGUAAAUGGGGACAGAAUCUAGAUUUAGACUGGCGAGAAGUAAUUUUCGUGAAUUGGUAUUUGCUUUUGAAUAAGGCAACACCCCCUCCCCCUCAAACCCCCUUUCCUCCCAGUCUUGGCUACAUUUAUCUUCUGAAGUAGAUUCUGAUCUGGACAAUAGACACUGAGGUGUUUUGUUCAGUACUGACGUCUUUUUUUUUUUUUAAUAAAGCCUAAACUAAUUUUAUUUGUUCAAGGCCAAGACCAGUUUUCUACAGAAGCUAUUUUUGACAACCUCAAGUGGUAUUAUAUUUUGAAGUGAAGCAAAAGAGAACUGAACUUUUCUCAACUGCCCGGGUUAGAUUUCUUGAGGAUCUUCUGUUAGAACCGGGCAAAAGAAACAAAAUAUUAAAAUUGAAAUUGCUGGUUAAGUUGUUGCAGAUAUUGUAGAUACACUGUAGUGGUAACUGAGAGUGGGGAUAUUUGUUGCACUAUUCCUUUGGAAACAAUUGAGAAUUUUGUGAGAAACUGGAUUUAAGAUUGGAGAGUUAAACUUUAAUUUAGCAGCAAUGCAGAAAUUUUUAAGCAGUGAAAUUUACAAACUUCAUAAGCGGAGUUGCAACAGUUCUGGAUAAUACUUGUAAAACAUGACUGUUUUCUAUAUUAAAAUGACUGUUUUCUAUAUGACAGAUAACAUUUCUGUACAAGGAUAACUUUUUAAAUAGUUUUAAAAGGUGUUCUGAUUAAUUGUGUGAAGAAAAUGUUGCAUGUUUUUUUUCAUAUGUACUGGAUUCAAGUUAUGCACUGGUAUAGCAUUGGCAAGACAUGAUAUUAAUUAAAAUUGUUUUAAGUAUUUUUGACAAUAAAAAGUUGUUGAAAUCAUUUUUAUGAAAACAGUUCGUGCUUUGUAUAGCUUAGGUUUAUUUUAUUUUUUUUUCAUUUCCUUUGUCUUACACAACUAUUUCCAUUUGGAAAAUUGCUCUCCUGUUAAUGAUAUGAAUGAAUGGAUAAUUAUGGUACACUACUUUUAAAAGACAAAGUGUUUCCUUUAAAUGUUUGCCAGGUUAAACUGAUGGUUGUUUUAAAUUAAUAAUGAGAGCUAUAGUUUUAAAGAAUGCUUCUUUGUAAGACACAUUGUAAUUUAAAAUGAAAUAUGAAAUUCUCUAAGUACUGUCUAUUAUUUUUGUUUUACAAUGCUACAUUUUUAUUAACCUAACUUCCAUUUAAAAAUUUAUAUCUGUAUUUCUCAUUUGCAUUACACAAUCUAAAAUAUACCAGUAUUUUCA